AUGUCGAACCCCUUCUUCGGCAGUUCAUCUCCGAAUGAACCAGCUGAAGAAACCGCCAAAGAGAAGAUAUUUUCAGGACAGCCUGCAAUUUUCAUCCUUCCCACCCAUUUACCCAUGGAAAAGUUACAUGAAACUGAGAACAAAUUGGUUCGAUAUGGCGGUAUACUCACUUAUGAUAUUACGGAAGCCAGUAUCAUUCUGGGAAAAAUUGGCCAGAAGAAACGAGCCGCGCUAGAGCUGCGUUCUCGGGGAGUUUGGACGGAGGACAUACCCAUUCUGGGAUCUGCACCAUCUUCAACAACGUCGCGGCCGGAUCAGCAGCCUCCUGCAAAACGGAGGAAAACAGAUACUGCCGAAUCAGCUGCCAAUUCAAGCAUUGAGCUUGUCGAUCUUAGCACUGAAUCAGAAUCCGAAGAAGAUGGAGUGAGGAGUCGACAUGACCCUGCAAAACAUAUUGUGCAAUCAACGAAACAACCCGAGAAUACAGUGGUUCUUCUCAAAUUGGAAUGGCUAGAACAUUCAAUUGCUGCAGGAGAAGCACUACCUUGGGAUUCAUUCGUGGUUUAUAGAGGGCAAAAGACCGCUCGUCCUCCAUCAGCUACCCCUGCAAAGUCGCCUUCGCACAGAGUAACCAGUGCGAUUCUGCAGCGCGCCAAAGAAGAUGCGGCUUCGCAAACGAUACCAGAUCCAUCCAACCAUUUUUACGCUCGCCGAUCAAGAGAGCCCCCCGACGGCAUCGGCAGUCAGCGCCAGCCACCGACUCUAUACCGGCAGACAACCUCAGAGCACGAUGAGGUUCUUCCUCUACCACCUCAACCUGACUGGGUCCGCGAUCACGUCCUAUACGCAUGCAUGCGCUCAGCACCACUACACCCACCAAACGAAGAUUUCAUCUCUCAACUGCUGAAGAUCCGUCGAAUCCGGGAACUCACACUCGACGAAAUCGGAGUACGAGCGUACAGUACCUCGAUAGCGGCAAUCGCAGCCUAUCCAUAUGCCAUUCAACGACCAAGCGAGAUCCAGUCUUUACCAGGCUGCGAAGCAAAAAUCGCAAGUCUCUUCGCCGAAUUCCAGCAACAUGGCGGCUGUAACCAUACCGACGAUGACGGAAAUAUUGCUGCGGCUAACGCCUUGGAAACCGAUCCCGUCCUCCGUGUUCUGGACACGUUCAAUCGGAUUUGGGGAGUCGGAGCGAAAACCGCCAGGGAUUUCUACUAUCGCCGUGGUUGGCGGGAUCUUGAUGAUAUCGUUGAACAUGGGUGGAAUUCCUUAUCGCGUGUACAGCAGAUUGGCGUCAAGUUCUUCGAUGAGUUCCAGGAAGGGGUUUCGCGUCACGAGUCGGAGAUCAUUGCGGAAGUCAUACGCCGACACGCGAAUAAAAUCCGACCUGAAGCGGAUGGCAAGGUUCAGUGUAUCAUCGUCGGUGGCUACCGCCGAGGCAAGCAGCUCAGCGGCGACGUCGAUGUGAUUUUAACGCACCACGACGAGGAUGUCACUUAUAGUCUCAUUGUGGACCUCGUUGCUAGCCUCGAAGAGGAGCUUUACGUUACACAUACCCUCUCACUUCAUCUGACAUCUUCCCAUCGCGAACAACAAACCCUCCCCUUCCGCGGUGAUGAAACAGGCAAACACUUCGACACGCUUGACAAAGCCUUGGUCGUCUGGCAGGACCCAGACUUUGAUGCCGUCAAAUCCACAAACCCACAGGACUCUAGUAGUCGCAAGAAAAAUACUAACCCACACCGACGGGUCGAUAUUAUUAUCUCGCCGUGGCAUACGGUUGGGUGUGCUGUGCUGGGAUGGUCAGGUGACACCACCUUCCAGCGGGACUUGAGACGGUAUGUGAAGAAGGCUCAUUCAUGGAAAUUCGACUCUAGUGGUGUGCGCGAACGGACCACUGGAGGUCAAGUGCUGGAUUUGGAACACGGUGGAGAGACGUGGGAAGAGAGGGAAAGGCUGUUGAUGGAGCGGUUGGGGAUUGGAUGGAGACCUCCACAAGAAAGAUGCACUCGUUGA